AUGGAGAACGAAACACUUAAGAAGGAAUUAGCUAACAUUCCCUCUAGAAUUUCAUUAACUUCUGAUUUGUGGACAGCUUGUACUACUGAGGGUUAUAUUUUCUUGACUGCCCAUUAUGUUGAUUCAAAUUGGAAUUUUAAGAGUAGGAUUCUUAACUUUUGUCGCAUGCCUCCCCCACAUACAGGAUCUGAGUUGUCGAAAAAGAUUCUUGAAUUUUUAUCUGAUUGGGGAAUUGAGAAGAAUAUUUUUUCACUCACAUUAGAUAAUGCUUCAGCUAAUGACGUGAUGCAAGCUAACUUGAAAAGACAACUUGCCUUGCAAAAAUGGUUGUUAUCUGAUGGAGAGUUCUUUCAUAUUUGUUGUUCUGCACAUGUUUUAAAUUUAAUUGUUCAAGAGGGUUUGAAAUUACUUGGUGAUGCGUUGGAAAAAAUUAGAGAAAGUGUCAAAUAUGUGAAGGGCUCAUAUGGUAGAAUGAAAAAAUUCAAGGAAUGCAUUGAACUCAUUGGUGGUGUUGAAACUUCGGUUGGUUUGUCUUAUGAUGUUUCCACUAGAUGGAACUCUACUUAUUUGAUGCUUCAAAGUGCAUUGAAGUAUCGACGUGUAUUUGAAAGUCUUAGUUUUCAUGAUGAUAAUUAUAAGGUUUUCCCUUCAGAAGAAGAUUGGGAAAAAGGAGAUAAGAUAUGCACAUUCUUGUUGCCAUUCUAUGAGACCACAAACUUAAUUUUCGGAAUGUCUUAUCCUACUUCUAAUUUGUAUUUUUUGCAAUUUUGGAAAAUUCAGUGUGUUUUGAUGGCAAACAUCAAAGAUAAAGACACUCUUAUUAAGACAUGGCUAAAAAAAAUUAUGAUCAAAUUUGAUAAGUAUUGGAGUGAUUAUUUAGGAGUAGUUCUUGACCCAAGGAUUAAGCUUACCUCUUUGGAAUGUAUUUAUGAAAAAGUUUAUCCACUUACCUCAAAUCUUAGAACAGAGGAAAUAAAGCAGAAGUUGUACACUCUCUUUGAGAUGUAUCAUUCCCUUCACACUUCAUCUUUCACAACUUCCCAAACUCGAUCUUCCAACACUAGAGGAGAAUCAAGUUCUCACGCCUUCACUAAAGGUUUGUUCAAUGUAAGUAGCUUGUUUCAUUAUAUUAUUUUAUGCUUGCUUUAA